AUGCUCAUGGCUCUGGGCUACGGCGGCCUGUUGGGCAUCGUGCCCGCUGCCAUCAAGCUCGUCUUCGGCUCGGAGCACCUCGGGGGCCGGCGGAUAUACGGGCUCUUGUAUUUCUGGGUCUACAUCGCCGUGCUGCUGUGGGGCAGGCUUGCCCAGGUGCCUUCGGGGUGCGCCGGCGUGGCGUGCUACCGCACCUACUGCGCCGGCGGCGCCGUGUGCACGUUCCUAACCGGCGUGGCCUGCUGCUGGAUGCUGUGGGAGGACGAGAGGAGCCGGCGCGGGCACGCGUCCCGCCGCGCGGCGCCAGCAGAGACGCCACGCUUUCCAAGCAGAGGCAGCACGUAG